AUGUCUGCCAAGCCAAGUCUAUGUUGGAAAUUGAUAACACAAAAGAGUGGCGGUGUUGGCGGUGCCAAAAUUGCUGUGUGCGAUGUAUGCAAAUGUGAGUUGGCCUACUCGGGAAGAUCAACUACAAAUCUGCUCAGGCAUUUGAGAAAAAAACAUCCUCUUCACAUUGCUCAAUUUGAGGAAGUGAGUGAAAGCUCAUCUACUACAAGUGUUCCUGCUGCUGCCUCUUCUUCGACUACUCAGAGCUCUGCGCCCACAGCUGGUCCAAGUAGGUCUACACAACCAACUCUGUUCGACACCAUAGAGAGAGUGACAAAGUAUAAACCAGGGAGUGACAGAAAGAAGGAACUAGACAACUGUGUGCUGGAUCUGGUUACAGUCGACCUACAACCUCUUUCAGUGGUAGAAAAUACAGGGUUUCGGCGACUGGUGAACAAGCUGGAUCCUCGUUACGACAUCGUCUCAAGGAAAACCUUGUCAACUCAACUGCUACCUAUGAAAUAUCGAGCAGAGAGAGAUCAGCUGAGGAGACAGAUGGACGAAGUGAACCACCUCACUGUCACCACAGACUGCUGGACCUCACGAAAAACUGAAUCUUUCAUGACAGUUACCGUACAUUUUGUCUCCCCUGACUGGAAGCUAACUUCUAGAGUUCUCAACACGGUGUUGCUGGAGACAACUCACACGUCUGAAAACCUCGCAGCUAAGAUCUUAGAAAUUUUUACAGCUUGGGGGAUUAAGGACAAAGUGACUACCAUUGUCACGGACAACGCAGCCAAUAUGAAGCUUGCGGUUGAGUUAAUGAGAUGUCGACAUCAGCCAUGCUUCGCCCACACCCUCAACCUCGUAGUCAAGGAAUCCAUCAGAAAGACGUAUGAUGUGUUCACAGCAAAAAACAAGGUGAAAGACAUUGUUUCGUUUUUCCACCACAGCGUCAACGCCAGUAAUUUGCUCAAAGAAGCCCACAAAGCUAAAAACACGACACCGAAGAAACUUAAACAGGACGUGGAAACUCGCUGGAACAGUACCUUCGAGAUGCUCAAGUCAUACUUGGAGCAGCACGAACAGGUGACCACAGCCCUGUGUCUGAAUGGCAAACAAGACAUGUGCCUUAGCCCCAUCAAGUUGCCAGUUUUGCAGAAGGCAAUGGAGGUCUUGGAACCAUUCCACGAGGCAACAGUAGAGAUAUCUACUGAGCAACACACCUCCGUGGCAAAAAUUGUUCCCAUAGUGUUCCUUUUGCGCCGUUUGACAGCCCAAGACAGGUCGCCCCUCAGCAACUGCCUCAAUUCUCAGCUCAGUCAGCGUUUUGAAAACAUUGACGAAAAGACGCAUCUGAGGCUGGCUACACUGUUGGACCCCAGGUUCAAGCGGGAUGGUUUCCCAACAACAGCAUCAGCUAACUCUGCUGUGGACAAACUAAAGACCACUGCCAUGCCCAUUGCGCUGCCACAGCAACCAGGACAAAUUCAAACAACAGCAAGCAAGGAAGAAACAACAGCUCCACCUCCUGCUAAGAAAGUGUCGAAGCUCUGGACACAGUUCGACCAAGCGGUCAAAGGCAAACAGGCUGCUGUGCCCAGAGUAGCAGGAGUAGAGAGUGAAAUCCGUCGCUACUUGGACAGUGACAUGAUGCCACGGGACUCCAACCCCUUGACUUGCUGA